GGGUCCGGCCCGCCCUCGUGACGUCGACCAAUCCGAAGGCUGCAAGGCGGAGCCAGGGAAACGCGGGAAGGAGGGGCGGGGCCUCGGCUGGCCGUCUGGAGCGGUGGGGGAGGCGGCAACAUUGUUUCAAGUUGGACAAAUUGUCAAGGUCUGAGCUUUGCUUGCGUUCCAUCCCGAGCUGGGGCUGCCGUGCUCACCUUGGCCCCCAGGUCCUGCGCCCCCGAGUGUCGGGCCGGUUUUCUUCAGGGUUCCCGGGCCCCGCUCCCGGGGGGCCUGAGCCGCCGCACUAGCGCUCCAUGGAGAACUUCCAAAAGGUGGAGAAGAUCGGAGAGGGCACGUACGGAGUGGUGUACAAAGCCAAAAACAAGUUGACGGGAGAAGUGGUGGCGCUUAAGAAAAUCCGGCUCGACACUGAGACUGAAGGUGUGCCCAGUACUGCCAUCCGAGAGAUCUCUCUGCUUAAGGAACUUAACCACCCUAAUAUUGUCAAGCUGCUGGAUGUCAUCCACACGGAAAAUAAGCUUUACCUGGUUUUCGAAUUUCUGCACCAGGACCUCAAGAAAUUUAUGGACGCCUCUGCUGUCACUGGUAUCCCCCUUCCCCUCAUCAAGAGCUAUCUGUUCCAGCUACUCCAGGGCCUAGCAUUCUGCCAUUCGCACCGGGUCCUGCACCGAGACCUUAAGCCACAGAAUCUCCUUAUCAAUGCAGAGGGCUCCAUCAAGUUGGCAGACUUUGGACUAGCAAGAGCCUUUGGAGUCCCUGUUCGUACGUAUACUCACGAGGUAGUGACCCUGUGGUACCGAGCACCUGAAAUCCUUCUAGGCUGCAAGUACUACUCUACAGCUGUGGAUAUCUGGAGCCUGGGCUGCAUCUUUGCUGAAAUGCACCUAGUGUGUACCCAGCACCAUGCUAAGUGCUGUGAGGGACACAGAAGAAAUGGAAGACACAGUCUCUGCCCGCUGUGCUCCUAUCUAGAAGUGGCUGCGUCACAAGGAGGGGGGAUGACCGCAGUGUCUACCCCAUACCCCGUGACCCGGCGGGCCCUGUUUCCCGGAGAUUCUGAAAUUGAUCAACUCUUCCGGAUCUUUCGGACUCUGGGGACUCCAGAUGAGGUGGUUUGGCCAGGAGUUACUUCUAUGCCUGAUUAUAAACCGAGUUUCCCCAAGUGGGCUCGGCAAGAUUUUAGCAAAGUUGUGCCUCCGCUGGAUGAAGAUGGACGGAGCCUGUUAUCGCAAAUGCUGCACUAUGACCCCAACAAGCGGAUUUCAGCCAAAGCGGCCCUGGCCCACCCUUUCUUCCAGGAUGUGACUAAGCCAGUACCCCACCUGCGGUUGUGAUACCCUUCCCAAAGCCCUCUUCACCCUUGGUCUGGCUGGACUCUGGGCCUUUUGGACACAGGUCAGCCUCCUGCUCCUUUCUGGCUGUCUUAGCACUCACUUUUUCUCUUGGCCAGCCGGUCCCUGGGAUUCAGAGGUACAGGGAAAGAUGAGGCGACAGGAAAAAAGUUUUGGUAUCAGAUGCACUUAACCCAGCGCCCACUACCUUCUCUCCUCUUAGUCAUUACUGAGGAUUGGUAUUCAAAACAAAACAAAACAAAACUGACCAUUCCCCACCCACCCCCAUGCCAAGUUUUGCUUUCCCAGGCUUAGACUGUCUCAUAAUUAUUAUGUCCCAUGUUUAGGAAGACACACCCCAGACCUCCUGGUGCCACUGUUUUGUAAAGGCUAACUGAUAAAUUGGGACAUUUUGGAACCAAGCAAGAGAGGUCUGUUUUAAUGAAUUAGAUUAAAAAACAGUUUAUACCUUAGUUGUAGCGCGUGGCCUCACCUGGCAAUCAAGGAGGCCCAGCUGGAGAAGCAGAAGAAAUGUUUUCCCUUCGGUGCUCUGUCUACCUUCUGCAGGGCAAGAAGAAUCAGGAGGGGGUGGGAAUUGGUCUGUUCGCCAUGGUUCACAAGGCAAGGUGUGAGACACUGGAAUCUUUCUUUUAGAAAUUUUAUUGUUUUCUGGUGCUAGCGACUGAACCCAGGACCUUGCCCUCACUAAGCAAGUGCACCACCCUCGAGCCAGAUUUUCUAGCCUUCUUUUGGAGUUUCAGCUCUUCAGUUUGUCAGAGGUCCCUGUUGCCAUCUUCUUCUGAGAGUUAGUCACCCCUUACUCCAUAGUGGAAGUGAGGCUUCAGAUGUCACUUUGAAAGGCUUGGACCUAGUCAGGUCAUCAGGGGACAUUUUCUAUAAAAGAGUUAACAAUUAUAUUUAUAUUUCAAGUUACAGUAGUUUGGAUAUUUUAGUGUUUUGAUUUUUCUUUUUUGGGGGGGCAGGGCAGUGUGGGUGGAUUUGUUACCAUGUGCACUUUGGAAUUUUGUAAUGCAAUUGUUGAAAGAAAAUGUUUCUUUUAUGAUCUUCUCCCUCUACCCCUUGUCCUCCAGUGUUCUGCUAAUAUUAUUUGUAAUUUAGUUUGUAAUUCAUUAAAAGAAAAUAUUCUCAGUUGUAUAGUGAA